CCGCGCCUCCGCUGCGUCCGAGUCUGCUGGCAGGACGACCGCUGCAUGCCAGCUCUCGUUCAUGCGUAUUCAUGUCAACUUUCUCGUGCUCGACGCAUACAGGGCUCCGCGCUCCCGUAUAGGACAGUACGCGAGGCCUCCCAUGGCCGAGUCCGAUGUGGGUUCCCAGAUGCACCUCGAUUGGCAUUGCCUGCCCUACAUGUGUCCAGCCUGACCUGUCUUCUGAUCGUCCAGCGGCAGCCCACCCGCAGACGCACACCGUCUCCCUCUCCCUCGACCGACUAUGGUGCCUUCGUGCUGGCCAUGGUCGCCCACCAUGGCCGCACGUCCGCGUCAGGCCCGAUUGACCAGCGCGUGCUGCGCAAGUGCCUCGGCCUCGCGUCCUCGCAUCUCAUCACUGACACGACCAUGAACCCCGAGCACGGGCUCAGCAGCUGGCACACCGGCUUCCAACACCUCAUCGACGUGCUCGUCGCGCUGCACAACAGAGGCGAGCUCGAGCUCGAGACCGUGAACGCCGCGAGCAAGGCGUGCUCAGAGUGCUGGACCGUGGCGGGGUCGUGGCGGGAGAUGGACGCGGGGCGGGAGAGCGUGCGCGGAGUUGCGGCGAGGCUGAAGGGUCUGCUGGACGACAAUGGGAAAACCUACCGCGGGGGCGGGUGUACGCUCCCUGACACGGAUUACAACCCGGUGCACGCGAUCAUCUCCUUUUUCAUCACGCUGCCCGAUGCGCGCCCUCAACGCGUCUCCAUUGGUCCAGCCUGAACACCUCCACAUACGCCAGUCAACUAUCCAGGGCAAUUAAUCGUGCAAUUAUAUCAGUCCGCGUAGCACCGAGGUAGGCAUGCCAUGUAACUAUUGCAGGACAUGGAUGGCAGGCACUGCAAGUCAGAAGUGUCGUCCGAGAUGCGCACUGGCCAAUGCUAGUCUCCUCCAGGCAGGC